UGUAAUAUAUGUUUUGUUUUGAAGUCUACAUUUGCAUAAUUUACUAAAAAUUUCUAAGACACAGCACAAAAAUUGGUUGUUUGUUAAUCAGAAGGAUUAUAAAACUAAAUAUUAGUCAGUUUAGAAAUGUAAAGCAAAGCAAAAUCUAAGCAGUGUGGUAACAGAAGUAAUUUAUUGACCCUUGGAGUGGAUACAUUUGCUCUGCGUUCAUAUCUUUUGAGCCAAUUAGUUGCCGUAUGCAUGUGUAGGGCUUCUCGUGUUCACCCUUGACUCCUCAGUCUAAAGCGAGCGCUUCAUCAAAGUCUACAGUGUUUUUGUACAGCCUGUUACAGGGGAUGCCUGUCACACCCGAAGCCACAUCCCCCUGCAUAUCGCAGUCUGGAGCUAGGUCCCAACAAUGGCUGUGGUAAUUGUGGGUAACCUCUACAAUGAUAACAUUCUGGGGCAGCCGUGUCUCUAGUAACAACAUACAACUUUCGAGGUUUCGAUUAUUGGCAAGAAGUAUGAUUGUUGAAUUGGCAUUAUGCUUAGCAGUUUUGUCUUCUACAUCAAGUUCCAGUGCUGAAAGCAGACGACAAACUGGAACUAAACCAGAGUACAUGGAAACGAGCCUUUCUCUGCGAGAUAUCCUUCCUUUGAAUCCAAAGCAUUAUGAUAAAAACAAAGCUCCUAAAUAUCAAGGACAACCAACAACAGUGUAUUUUCACGUCACUGUGCUAUCACUGGAUUCAAUAAAUGAAGAAUCUAUGACGUAUGUUGCAGACAUAUUUCUUGCACAGAGCUGGAGGGACCCUCGAUUGCGUCUCCCAGAGUACAUGAGCCAAGACUACCGUAUCCUAGAUGUUGAGUGGUUGCACAACAUUUGGCGUCCAGAUUGUUUCUUCAAAAAUGCCAAAAAGGUUACAUUUCAUGAAAUGAGCAUUCCAAAUCAUUACCUUUGGUUGUAUCACGACAAAACACUUCUUUACAUGUCAAAGUUAACGCUUGUUCUGUCGUGUGCUAUGAAGUUUGAAUCUUAUCCCCAUGACACACAAAUAUGUCACAUGAUGAUAGAAAGCUUGUCUCAUACAGUGCAUGAUCUUGUAUUUAUCUGGAACCAUACUGACCCUUUAGUUGUAAAUCCAGAAAUUGAGUUACCACAACUGGAUAUUUCAAACAAUUACACAGCAGAUUGCACCAUCGAGUAUUCGACAGGAAACUUUACUUGCCUGGCAGUGGUAUUCAACCUCAGAAGACGACUUGGAUAUCAUCUGUUUCACACAUACAUACCUUCUGCACUUAUAGUCGUCAUGUCUUGGAUUUCGUUUUGGAUCAAACCUGAAGCCAUACCAGCUCGUGUUACAUUAGGGGUAACAUCGCUUCUUACCCUUGCAACUCAGAACACGCAGUCGCAGCAAUCCUUGCCGCCUGUUUCGUAUGUUAAGGCUAUUGAUGUUUGGAUGUCUUCAUGUUCUGUUUUUGUGUUUCUGUCACUCAUGGAGUUUGCUGUAGUGAAUAACUACAUGGGACCUGUCGCCACGAAAUUAAUGAAAGGUUAUUCUGAAGAUGAUCUUGGAUAUGGUGGAGAUGAAUAUAAGGAUCUGGAUGCAAGAUGUCGGAGUUCCCUUGGUCGAGUGGCCAGUGUUCCUAAAUACGAUACAUUUUGCCAUGGGCGAGAAACAGCGUUAUAUAUCGACAAGUUCUCCAGAUUUUUCUUUCCUUUUUCUUUUUUUAUUCUUAAUGUUGUAUACUGGUCUACAUUUCUUUGAAAUCAACCAAUAAAAUGUUUCAUUUUAAUUGA